AGAUUUGCGCCGGCUUCAAUUGUGGCGCUGACUUGGCUUCCGGACUUUUGCGUCUUGUGGAAGCAGAGGAUCAGCCCUCCCUCCGGAAUCAGGAGAUCGGACCUUUAGAGUCACCAAGCCUUUAGAGUGAGGCUGUGAGUGUGACUGAAAGUGAAAGUUUCGCCAAGAUGGGAUCCUGGGCACUUGGAUUACUGGUGCUCUUUGGCGUAGCAACGACGCUGCAUGCGGCCACCGACAAGGUAUUCUGCUUCUACAAUUCCAAUGCAAUGUAUCGUACAGGAAACGGUCGAGUGGCUCCCACAGAUCUAAACCCUCAUUUGUGCACACAUUUGGUUUACCAGUACGCCAAUUUUAAGUCAUAUGGAGCCAUUUCAACGGAGGAUCUCGAAAGCAACGGACUACGGCAGUUUGCCAAUCAGGGUGUAGGCCUUUUUAAGAAGAUGAUUUCCGUUGGCGGGCCGGAGCAAAGCUCAUCAGUUUUGUCCAACAUUAUGUCGAUCGUGUCGCUGCGGAAAGCUGCCGUGCUUUCGAUCAUCAGUCUGGUCAACGAGUACAACUUGGACGGAAUCGACUUCUAUUGGCGGUAUCCCGUUCUAAGCGGCGGAAAUCCUGUAGAUCGAGAAAACAUCAUUAAAUUCUUAACGCUACUAAAUGAGUCAUUGAAGGCGAGCGGAAAGCUGCUAACAAUUUCAGUUGCACCAACCAAAGACUUUUUCAUGUCGUCUUAUGACGUUCCGCAGCUGUCUUCUGUUGUGGACUACGUAAACGUGAUGGCUUUUGAUCUACGAGCUUAUUGGGAUGCCAAGACUGGAUUCAAUUCACCUGCUUACGCGUCAUCAGCGGAAGCAUCGGUCGACGAAGCAGAGUUGAAUGUGGACUCAAUUUUACGAGGAUGGAUCAACGCAGGACUCGCUAGUUCCAAGAUCAUCUUGGGGGUAUCGACGGAAGGUCACAGUUUCAAGCUGUCCAGCACUUAUGCGACAGGUUUGAGAGCCAGAACGCUUGGUCCGGGCACGGAAGGAAUCCACACGAUCACGGAUGGGGUGCUGAACUACCUGGAAACUUGUGAACUCAUUGGAAAAGGCGGUUGGACCAUAGUGUGGAGCAAUACCCAGAAGGCCCACUACGCGUACAAAGGUGAUCAAUGGGUGUCUUACGAGAGCAUCCCUUCUUUGGAAGCGAAGAUUGCAUUGGCCAAGCAGUACCAAGUGGCGGGAAUGGGAAUAUGGGCCGUUGAUGGCGAUGAUGUGAGAGACGUGUGUGGUCAAGGAACAUUCACUCUGUUGAGAUUUGUUGCGGAAAAUUUUGGAAUUCAGGAGCCAGGAGGGGAGCCUUCUAAUACAACCCCAAUUACGACCACCACCACGACCACUCCGGCUAUCAUUAAGCCGACAACCACAACAACCACAACAACCACCACAACAACCACCACAGUGGCAACACCGACGGGACUUCCGGAAAUAUGCCCCAGCAGUGGAUACGUUCGCGAUCCAUCCAAUUGUGCAAAGUUCUACAGAUGCGUCAUUGGUGCUCGGUUCUCCAUUUUGUCCACUGGAACCUGCCAGGAAGGGUUGUACUUUGAUACUAGAUACAACGUCUGUAAUUGGAAGACUUUUGUUUCAUGCUAACACUAAUAUAACUGAAACCUUAUAAUUUAUAUUUUAUUAUUUGGAGGAUACUAACAUAUAAUAACUUAUAUUAUAGAACAUAUAAGAUAGGAAUACAUAUUAUCUACCAGAGUUAAAUAAAUGCAAGCACAUUUGAAGCGAAACCACGAAAGCAUAGGCCUAUAAACUGCAAAGCAUUAUCCAAAAGCAAGGGCCUCACGAUUAGAAUUCUACCUGUAUAUUAGUCAA